GAGGAGAAGAAGGGGGCAUCAGUGCAGAUAGCAAAAGAGAGAGAGGGAGUCAGUCUCACUGUGUUCUGCUGGAAAAAGCUGGGGUUCAGUCUGGCUGCAUCACAGGAGACACAGAGCCGCAUAUCCCGAGCUGCCUGCCGCAGGUUAAAAGCAGUAAAGAAGCUCCCAGCUCUGUGAAUUUCCCAUUGUAUCCAUACGGGAUUAAUGGACCUCUACUAUGGCCCAACGGACAUGAUUUUGCACCCAUCACUUGUACAAUGAUAAACAUGAUUUACCUGACUGUAAUAAGCAUUUUGUAUUUGCCUGUUUUGCUCUUUGAGGCAUUUGUUUUGUCCAAAGGAAAGUAUGAAAGGUCAGUUGUCCCAAGCUCUGCCUCUCGCCUGGUGGCACGAAUGGAUGGGGAUGUUAUAAUAGGCGCCCUGUUUUCCGUACACCAUCAGCCAUCAGCGGAGAAGGUGGCAGAGAGGAAAUGUGGAGAGGUCCGCGAGCAGUACGGUAUUCAGAGAGUGGAGGCCAUGUUCCACACCCUGGAUCGAAUAAACUCUGACCCCAACCUGCUACCCAACAUCACCCUUGGCUGUGAGAUCAGGGACUCCUGCUGGCAUUCCUCUGUGGCCCUGGAGCAGAGCAUUGAGUUUAUACGAGACUCUCUCAUCUCAAUCCGAGAUGACACAGAGGGCUCUAAGUGGUGUAUUGAAGGGGUACCCUCCAGUCAGCCGCCUUCAACCAAGAAGCCCAUCGCAGGAGUCAUCGGGCCCGGCUCAAGCUCAGUGGCAAUUCAAGUCCAAAAUCUUCUGCAGCUGUUCAACAUCCCACAGAUUGCCUAUUCUGCAACCAGCAUUGAUCUCAGUGAUAAGACAUUGUUCAAGUACUUCCUCAGAGUUGUGCCCUCAGACACUCUACAAGCCAGAGCCCUGUUGGACAUCGUCAAACGAUACAACUGGACCUAUGUGUCUGCAGUACACACAGAGGGUAACUACGGGGAGAGUGGGAUGGAAGCAUUCAAAGAGCUCGCCUCGCAAGAAGGCCUCUGCAUCGCUCAUUCUGACAAAAUCUACAGCAACGCCGGGGAGAAGCACUUCGACCGGUUGCUUAGAAAGCUGAGAGAGCGUCUUCCUAAAGCCAGAGUUGUUGUCUGCUUCUGUGAAGGCAUGACAGUCCGCGGGCUGCUCAUGGCUAUGAGGCGGCUCGGAGUAGCAGGAGAAUUCCUCCUAAUUGGCAGUGACGGCUGGGCAGACCGUGUUGAGGUGGUGGAGGGAUAUGAGCACGAAGCUGUUGGUGGCAUCACGGUGAAGCUGCACUCUGAAGAGGUCUCCUCCUUCAACAAUUACUUCCUGAAGCUCAAGCUCAGCACAAACACCCGCAAUCCAUGGUUCCCAGAGUUCUGGCAGCACCGCUUUCAGUGCCGUCUUCCCGGGCACCCGCAGGAGAAUCUGAACUAUGGGCGCAACUGCUCAGGUUACGAAAGUCUCGAAGACAACUAUGUUCAAGACAGCAAGAUGGGCUUUGUCAUCAACGCCAUCUACGCCAUGGCGCACGGUCUGCAUGACAUGCACUCUCACCUCUGUCCUGGCCAUGUGGGGCUGUGUGAUGACAUGAAACCCAUUGAUGGGAACCACUUGUUAGACUUUCUACUCAAGACCUCCUUCACAGGAGUAUCUGGGGAGGACAUAUGGUUUGAUGAGAAUGGCGACUCACCUGGAAGGUAUGACAUUAUGAACUUCCAGCACGUGGAGCCUGGGGUUUAUGACUACAUCAACAUCGGCUCCUGGCAUGAGGGCAUGCUGAGCCUUGAUGAUGAAAUGAUCCAGAUGAACAGAAGUGACAUGGUCCGCUCGGUCUGCAGUGAGCCAUGCUCCAAAGGCGAAAUCAAGGUCAUAAGAAAAGGUGAGGUGAGCUGCUGCUGGAUAUGCACUGCCUGCAAAGACAACGAAUAUGUGCAGGACGAGUUCACAUGCAAGGCCUGUGAGCUGGGCUGGUGGCCUGACGAAGAACUGGAGGGUUGCGAGCCGAUUCCCCUGCACUACCUGGAGUGGAGCAAUCCAGAGUCCAUUAUCCAGGUUGUCUUCUCUUGCCUGGGCAUACUGGUUACAUCAUUUGUCGCCUUUAUCUUUGUCCUGUACCGCGACACACCUGUGGUGAAGUCCUCCAGCCGGGAGCUCUGCUACAUCAUUCUCGCAGGGAUCUUCCUAGGAUAUCUGUGCCCUUUUACCCUCAUAGCGCGACCAACGGUAGCUUCCUGCUACCUCCAGAGACUUCUUGUCGGGCUCUCAGCUGCCAUGUGCUACUCUGCCCUUGUGACCAAAACCAAUCGCAUUGCUCGCAUCCUGGCAGGCAGCAAGAAGAAGAUCUGCACCAGGAAGCCCAGAUUCAUGAGUGCGUGGGCUCAGGUGGUCAUCGCCUCCAUACUGAUCAGUCUUCAGCUAACUUUGGAAGUUACUCUAAUCAUCAUGGAGCCUCCAGAGCCAAUCAAAUCCUACCCCAGCAUCAGAGAAGUCUUUCUGAUCUGCAACACCAGCAAUCUUGGUGUUGUAGCUCCGCUGGGAUAUAAUGGUUUGCUCAUCAUGAGCUGCACCUACUACGCCUUCAAGACCCGCAACGUUCCCGCCAAUUUCAACGAAGCCAAGUACAUCGCCUUCACCAUGUACACCACAUGUAUAAUCUGGCUCGCAUUUGUGCCGAUUUAUUUUGGCAGCAACUACAAGAUCAUCACCACUUCCUUCUCUGUGAGCCUUAGUGUGACUGUAGCUUUGGGGUGCAUGUUCACACCAAAAAUGUACAUCAUCAUCGCGAAACCAGAGAGAAACGUGCGCAGCGCGUUUACCACGUCCGAUGCUGUGCGCAUGCAUGUCGGAGACGGCAAGAUUGCUUGCCGAAGCAACAGCCUCCUCAACAUGUUCAAGAGAAAGAAGAACACAGGAAAUGGCAGUUCUAAUGGAAAGUCUGUGUCAUGGUCUGAACCAGGUGCAAGACAUCCUCCCAAAGGGGAUCAUAUGUGGCACAGACUGUCAGUGCAUGUGAAGAGACAGGAAGCAGGUUCCAAUCAGAUGGCUGUCAUCAAACCCUUAACUAAUACCUACCAAAACACUGCCCGGGAAUUCUCAGACCUCAGCACUAAGACUUUGUACAAUGUGGCUGAGGAGGAUGAAAACGACCCGCUCACUUACAGCUCCCCUGCCACUCCCCCCAUGAUGGCCCACGGGCAGAUGCCAGCCUGUGACAUGACAAAAGAGACGGCCAGGGACAUAGAACUCUAUUCCCCAGAGCAUCUAGAGCAAAACAGCAUUAUCCCUCAACAUGGCGUCAUGGACCACCUGCAGGAGGAAAUUGUUCUGAGUAAGUUCAGCAGUGAUAUCCAUGAGCUCAGUGAGGAUGUUUGCAUGCCUCAGGCUGUGUCAGGCAUGCCAGUGUACCACCAGGCUCACCUCAUCCAGCAGGAACCGCUCCUGCCUGUCCAUCUCGACCCAUUUGAUGAGGAGCCCAUCUCACCAUUAGAGGAGGAAGAGGGGAUGGAGAAUGAGCAGUUCGGCCUUCUCCAGGGCUACAUGUAUAACAAUGCCCAGAUUCACGACGAUGACGACUUGAUAGAGGUCAAAUUAGCGAUGGAGGACUCCGUUGCCCUGAUGCCUCCCUCCCCUUUCCGGGAUCGCUCUGGUACCCCAGCGAGCCCAUUUCCCAACUCACCAGUGUCCGAGUCCAUCUUGUGCACACCUCCAAAUGUCAAGUAUGCCUCUGUCAUUCUUGGAGACUACAAGCAGAGCUCCUCAACUCUGUUUUUCUGACUCCAUUACCAAGAGGCACUUUCUCUCACUACUGAGCUGGGAUUUUUUAAUUGAAAAUAACUCGUUUAUUAAGAAAAGUGGUUCAGUUUUCUUCUUCACCAGUUCAUACACCCAUUUUGUACCAACAUGUUGCCAUUUUGUCACUUUUGUAUCCAAACUGUAGCAGAUCAGAAAUUUUAUUUCCAUUUGUAGUUUUGUAGUAUUUUCUAAUAAUUGUGGAGAUAAGCAAUAAUAAAAUGCCUGAAUCUCACAUAUAAUUUAAUUUAACUGUAUAUUGUUUUGAUUCUAAAUUAUGUUCUGUUUUUAUUUAUAUUGUUUCUGAUCUCUAUUUGGGCCAGUUGACUCUGAUGAAAUAUGUCAGAUUGUGCCCCUGAUCAAUAUAAUAACUAUGGCUGACCUUUCCUGGGUAUAUAUUAUACAACAGAGUAAUAGCCACAUUUCCUUACAGUAAGCUAAAUUUAGAAUAUAGAAAAAAAUAUUGCUUUGUUGGUUGCCAAAGUGUGCAGAAAACAUCUACCUGGGCAAUGGGAACUGAAACAUUUCCUGUGUAUAGCAUCCAUUUUAUACUUUAAAAUGUCAAUUCUGAAACUAUUACGAAAGGCUGGGAAAGACAUACUUUAUCAUCUACAAUUAACUAAAAUGUCAAACUACUGAUUUAGAGAACUUUUGUAAGUUUUGAAAAUGCCAAAAUAACAUUUUCUUUUUUUCUUGUUUAAUGUAUAUCUAUUUAUCUGUUCCACAAAACCUGUAUCAUGAAUGUAGCAGAGGACAACUUCAAGUGCCACGUUUCCGUGACAGCCCUUUCUUUUCUACGUUUAACACAUUUUUGUGUUCUUAAAAUCCAUGUAAAACAAGUGAAAAAUUUGUACCUUUUAUAAUUAAUACAUCUUAUCUCAGAGCUAGAUAAUAAAUAACAUACAUUUGUUUUGUGAAUGUAUGAAUUGUGUAUCAUAUUUUGGUAUUCAGGUUGUAUCUAUAUGUGUAACAGUAUUACAGCAGACAGGAGACUUUAGCCGUCAAACCUCUGGUUAUAUCAGUUUCUUGAAUAUUUAGACUCUGAAAGUCUAUCUCAGUCAUAUAAGAGAAGUGCUUCUGUUACCAUUAGUAACCAAGCUAUUUUCAGAUCAUGCAGUAUAAAGUCCACAGUUACAUUGUAUUUACUGUUGGCAAUCAUUUUAGUUAUACUUUUAAAAAUGAAAAGAAUUAAAACUUUUUAUGCUUUUUCUUGUCUGUGUUUCAUGAUGAGCAUGUAUAGCUCCCUGAGAUGAGGCGACCGUCUCAGAUAACUGAUGAAACGAAGAAUGCGUAGCCCCGUUUGUUUAAAACCGAACAAAAGAUCACACGAGAGGUGGUCAUGAAUGAAAUAAAGAGAUUUGGAGACAC